GCUCCUGGCUGUGUGACCGGGGCUCUCCAACUUCCUGCUCGGGAGCUGCUGCCUCUUCUCCUCCGCUGAGUUGCGUGAAGUCCGGACGGAGCCGAUAAUGUGUGAAGAAGCUUAACAUGCGUCUCCGUCUGUCCUGCGUCCUCGACACGAACACCGAGUGAACCGGACACCCCCCCCCCCUGUUUCCCCCGAGCGACCCACCGACCACAAUGCUGGCGUCACGUCGGCUCCUCCGCUGCUCAGACUUGGGGAAACAAACCGCGUAUUGUCGGUGAAUUCUCGGGAGAUGGCAGAGUAGUUGGACCCGUGUCAGUGACCGAGCCUCCGUUUAAAGCACUUCGAACAACAACACACGAGAUCUACGAUGACAGCUGGGGACAUGUUUCCUUUGGUUUUGAUCGUCCUGGUCCUUCCCUGUUCUUGCGUGGAAGGUGAGGGCAGCUCGAGAGACUCUGUAUGUUUGUGUGACGGGUCCUCUUGUAGCAGUGGGGACCGGUGUUUCGGCCAGCAGUGCUUCACCUCUCUCUCAGUACUGAACGGGACAUCGGUCCUUCAGAAGGGCUGCAUUGUGGGUAGUGAAUUUCCCCUGCGCUGCGGAAGCCCGCCAUCUCCUGAGCUGGUGGUCGAGUGCUGCGAUGGGGAUUUGUGUAACAUGAACGUCACUUUGCAGUCACUGGUGAAAGAUACUGAACUGUCUGCUGGCAGACCAGUCCUCAGAGACCAGGAGUGUGUGUGUGAGGGUGGCACGUGCGAGCGUGACCGCCGCUGCACAGGGCAGCAGUGUUUCUCCUCUCUGAAGAUGAUUGAUGGGGUGGCCGUCCAACAGAAGGGCUGCCUGAGGGACGACGAAGAGGGCAGAACCACCUGUGCCAUGCCACCCUCGUCGGCCCAUGUUGUCAAGUGCUGCCAGGGCCAUCUGUGUAACAUGAACGUCAGCGUGCAGGCUCUGGGAAAAGACGAGGAAGUGAAGGCCCUGAUCAAACAGGAGCACGAGUGUGUUUGUGAAGGCAGCUCGUGUGUAACGGGCAGUCGUUGCAUGGGCCACCAGUGUUUCUCCUCGCUGACAGUCAAUGGCGGCUCCCUGGUGUACCAGAAGGGCUGCUUUAAGGUUUAUGAGCAGAGCACGUUGACCUGUAAGACCCCACCUUCCAGAGACCAGAUUGUGGAGUGCUGCCAAGGGCCCCUGUGUAACAUGAACAGCACUGUGGAGCUGCCUGUCAAAGCUGACGAGUUGUCAAACUACAGCGUGACCACACUGGCUAUGGUCAUCGUGGCACCCAUUAUCGCCCUUAUCGUCCUCUCUGCUAUUGCCAUCCUGGUGUUCAGACGCAUCCACCACAACCAAAUGGAGAGACUAACAUCACGAGAUGCUGAAUAUGGAACCAUCGACGGCCUCAUAGCAUCGAACGUAGGAGAGAGCACUCUGGCGGAUUUGCUGGAUCAUUCCUGCACUUCAGGCAGCGGCUCAGGACUCCCAUUUCUUGUUCAGAGAACCGUUGCUCGACAAAUUACACUCAAUGAGUGUGUGGGUAAGGGCCGUUACGGUGAAGUGUGGAGGGGUCAGUGGCAGGGGGAAAGCGUCGCUGUCAAAAUCUUCUCCUCCAGAGACGAGAAGUCCUGGUUCCGAGAGACUGAGAUCUACAACACGGUGCUGCUGAGACACGAGAACAUCCUUGGCUUCAUAGCUUCAGACAUGACCUCGAGGAACUCCAGCACUCAGCUGUGGCUCAUCACUCACUUCCAUGAGAUGGGCUCCCUGUACGACUACCUUCAAAUCAGCACCCUCGACGCGUCCAGCUGCCUCCGCAUGGCCCUUUCUAUCGCGAGCGGCUUGGCACAUCUCCACGUCGAGAUCUUCGGCACACAGGGCAAACCGGCGAUCGCCCACAGAGACCUCAAGAGCAAAAACAUACUGGUCAAAAAGAACGGCCAGUGCUGCAUCGCUGACCUCGGCUUGGCAGUCAUGCAUUUUCAAGACACCAAUGAGCUGGAUGUGGGGAACAACCCCAAAGUCGGCACAAAGCGCUACAUGGCCCCCGAGGUGCUUGACGACUCCAUCCAGAUGGACUGUUUCGAGUCCUACAAGAGAGUGGACAUCUGGGCACUGGGGCUCGUCCUGUGGGAGAUCGCCAGGAGGACAGUCAGUAAUGGUAUCGUAGAAGACUACAAGCCACCUUUUCAUGACGUGGUCCCAAGUGAUCCCAGUUUUGAGGACAUGAAGAAGGUUGUGUGUGUGGAUCAACAGAGGCCCAACAUCCCAAAUAGAUGGUUUUCAGACCCAACUUUAACCUCCAUGGCCAAACUCAUGAAGGAGUGCUGGUACCAGAAUCCAUCAGCCAGAUUAACAGCAUUACGCAUCAAAAAGACUCUCACAAAGAUCGACAACUCUCUGGACAAAAUUAAAACAGACAUUUGAGGCUGCUGGGUGAAGACGAGGGCGGACAUUUACUAAAGACCUUUUGAAGACAUCCAGAGGGUGGACCAGCUUCGAGAAAUGUCAGAAACUAAAAAGACUUGGAUGGGUCCAGUGCCCUUAUAGUGGCACAGACCUGUAUUUAUUUUAAAACACUUGGCGGGGGCCAAAUUUUGGCAUCCAAAGAUGGUUUACCGGGCAUUCCUUAGACUGCCAGUGGUCUUGGAAAUAGGAAAAUAUCUACUCAACUUAUAACACUGUUAGAAAUGUUCUUCAAGGAAGAAAACUGUUACCUGGGCAUUUGAGUAGGCUUGCAUUUGUAAGAACCACAGAUUUAGUUUCUCACUCUUUUUUUUUUAGUUUAAAAAAUGUCAGAACAUAUAAGCAGUUUCACUUUAUCUCUGUAAUCGUACUGCAUCGUUUGUUUGAGUUAUGGUGAAUUCAUUUGGAAAAGAGGUCCACUUGCCAAUUGAACUUGCCAAUUUAUUCAGCGUACUUUCUGAAAAACAGCAAAAUAGUGUAAUGUUUUACUUAGUGAGUCAUGCACCGCUGUUUACUAUGCUGUCAGAACAAGUAACUCUGGAUCUUGACAAUCCUGUAACGUUUAGUCCAACGGCUUCUUCUCCUGAUAUAUCGUCCAACCCAAGGUACUCUGUUGCAGACUUUUUGUAUAUCACCAUGGAUUUUACAUUGAAUUAUAUUACCUGUUAUAUGUUUUGUUCUCUACAGCUUUACAGACACAAAUGCUAAAAGAACAAAUAAAAUAUCUGCUAGACAAUGCUGAUCUCUCCAGAGGCCUGUAAGUAAACCUGUAAAGCCUGUAUACUGUCUUAAUGCGUGCAUUGUCAAGUAAAUGAAGUCAAACUUCAGCCUUUUUUUAUUUCUUUAACAUUUUAUAUCAAUUAGCGAUUUAUAUUAAUUAAAUAGAAAAAAAUG